UUGUCAUGGCGGAGGGACGCGGAGAUCCGCCGCCGUCGCUCCAGCUCCUCUCCUCACCGCCGGCCAGCAAGCGGCCGUGCCUGCGUCCGGCUCCUCGGGGCCCCGGUCCGGGGCCGGGUCCGGUCUUCCCUAACUCGCGUCCCCGCUGCCCGGAAUCCCUGCUGGACUGCGCCGCCAAGGCCGUGGCGGAGAAGUGGGCCUUCGAGCGGGUGGAGGAGCGCUUCGAGAGGAUCCCGGAGCCCGUGCAGCGCCGCAUCGUCUACUGGUCCUUCCCGCGGAACGAGAGGGAGAUAUGCAUGUAUUCGUCGUUCCAGUGCCGGGCGGCCGGCGAGGACGCUCCCGCAGCGGGCUCCAGCGCGUCCUCCGCUGGCUCGGCCACCGCUCCCGGAGGGGCGUCGGGCACGGCAGGGAGCGCCGGGACCGGAGCCGCUGGAGACGGGCUCCCUUUCCGGCGGGGAAUCCGACUUUUGGAAACGGGCUGUGUGGAUAAUGUGCUGCAAGUCGGUUUCCAUCUCAGUGGGACGGUCACCGAACCGGCCACUCAGUCAGAGCCAGAGACGACGCACCGAGUGGCCAUCAGCUUCGACCGCUGCAAAAUCACCUCGGUGACAUGUGGCUGCGGCAACCGCGACAUUUUCUACUGUGCCCACGUGGUGGCGCUAUCACUCUACCGCAUACGCAAGCCUGAGCAGGUCAAGCUAAGGCUGCCCAUCUCCGAGACGCUCUUCCAGAUGAACCGGGACCAGUUGCAGAAGCUGGUGCAGUAUUUGAUCACGGCCCAUCACACAGAGGUUCUGCCCACCGCUCAGAAACUGGCUGACGAAAUCCUGUCCUCCAACUCGGAGAUCAACCAAGUGCACGGGGCCCCGGACCCCACAGCAGGAGCCAGUAUAGACGAUGAUAACUGCUGGCACCUGGACGAGGAACAGGUCCGAGAGCAGGUCAAGCAGUUUCUCUCCCAGGGAGGCUACUACGGCUCAGGCAAACAGCUUAACUCUAUGUUUGCCAAGGUGCGGGAGAUGUUGCGCAUGCGGGACUCGAAUGGAGCGCGCAUGCUCACUCUCAUCACCGAACAGUUCAUGGCCGAUCCACGCCUGUCGCUAUGGCGACAGCAGGGCACCGGCAUGACGGACAAGUGCCGGCAGCUGUGGGAUGAGCUGGGUGCACUGUGGGUGUGUAUUGUGUUGAACCCACACUGUAAGAGUGAGGAGAAGAGUGCAUGGCUGAAGCAGCUGAAGAAAUGGGGAGAUAUGGACAUCUGCCCCCUAGAGGAUGGCAACUAUGGCAGCGAGUUGCCUAACAUCACCAACGCCUUGCCCCAGAGCAACCUGGCACAAGACUCACUGGCCAGGCCCAGGCGGACAGUGUUCACCCGAGCUAUGGAAGCAUGUGACCUGCACUGGCAGGACAGCCACCUGCAGAGAAUCAUAAGCAGCGAUUUCUACAUGUCUCCUGCUUAUCAGAGAGAGGGAGAGAGCCUGCUGUUUAACCCCCAGGGCCUGCCUUUGUGGCUAGACCAUGUGCCUACAGCAUGCGCCAGGGUGGACGCCCUGCGUUCCCACGGUUACCCAAGGGAGGCCCUGCGAUUGGCCGUAGCCAUCAUUAACACGCUUCGGCUUCAGCAGCAGCGGCAGUUGGACAUUUACAAACACCAGAAGAAAGAGCUGCUGCAGAGGGGAAUGACCAGCACUACUAAUCUGGAGGGCUGGGUGGGCCACCCCCUUGACCCCAUCGGCUGCCUUUUCGCCACCCUCACGGAGACGUGUCGAGUGGAAGAUGACAACGCCAUGGACACCGGAGAUUCGGGUGAGCCCAAACCCCCAGUGUAUCAGCACGUGCCUGUGUGGGGCUGCUCGGACGGCGGGGAAUCGUACCUAGCCCUGGCCCUGGAGGUGGCGCUGAUGGGCAUGGGGCAGCAGAGGCUGAUGCCGGAGGGACUGUAUGCCCAGGAUAAAGUCUGCCGCAACGAGGAGCAGAUCGUAGCCAAGCUGCAGGAGCUGGAGCUGGACGAGCUGCUGGUCCAGACGCUCCGGAAACAGGCUGUACUGCUACUGGAAGGUGGUCCUUUCAGUGGCCUUGGCGAGGUCAUCCACAGAGAAAGUGUACCCAUGCACACAUUCGCCAAGUACCUCUUCACAGCACUCCUUCCCCACGACACGGACCUGGCCUACAAGAUCGGCCUGAGGGCCAUGAGGCUGCCUGUUUUGGAGUCCACGGCCCCUUCAGGCGACGUGGGUCACCCCCACCACGGCAUCUCCAUCGUACCCAGCAGGUACCCCCGCUGGUUCACCCUCGGACAUCUGGAGUCCCAGCAGUGCGAGCUGGCUUCAACCAUGCUCACUGCAGCCAAGGGAGACAUGCUGAGGCUGCGUACGGUUCUGGAGGCCAUCCAGAAGAACAUUCACUCCUCCUCACUGAUCUUCAAACUGGCCCAGGACGCCUUUAAAAUCGCCACCCCCGCAGAUAACCCACCCGACAUCACGCUGCUCAAUGUCGCCCUGGAGCUUGGCCUUCAGGUGAUGAGGAUGACUCUGUCCACUCUGAACUGGAGACGAAGAGAGAUGGUGCGCUGGCUUGUUACCUGUGCUACUGAAGUCGGCCUCCGAGCCCUGGUCAGCAUCCUGCAGAGCUGGUACACCCUCUUCACCCCGACCGAAGCCACGAGCAUCGUGGCCGCCACGGUGAUGUCUCAUAACACGGUGCUGCGGCUCAGCCUGGACUACCCUCAGCGUGAGGAGCUGGCUGGCUGCGCCCGCACGCUGGCCCUGCAGUGCGCUAUGAAGGACCCUCAGAACUGCGCGCUUUCGGCCCUGACGCUCUGCGAGAAGGACCACAUCGCCUUUGAGACAGCCUACCAGAUCGUCAUCGACGCCGCCUCCACGGGCAUGAGCUACUCGCAGCUCUUCACCAUCGCGCGCUACAUGGAGCACCGCGGCUACCCGCUGAGGGCAUUUAAGCUGGCCUCGCUGGCCAUGGCCCACCUCAACCUGGCCUAUAACCAGGACACGCACCCGGCCAUUAAUGACGUCUUGUGGGCCUGCGCUCUGAGCCACUCGCUGGGCAAAAACGAGCUCGCCGCCCUCAUCCCCCUAGUGGUCAAAAGUGUGCACUGCGCCACCGUGCUCUCGGACAUUCUGCGUCGCUGCACCAUGACGGCCCCCGGCCUGGCCGGAAUCCCCGGCCGCCGCAACUCGGGCAAGCUCAUGAGCACGGACAAGGCGCCCCUCAGGCAGCUGCUGGAUGCCACCAUCAGCGCCUACAUCAACACCACGCACUCGCGGCUGACCCACAUCAGCCCACGCCACUAUGGCGAGUUCAUAGAGUUCCUCAGCAAGGCCAGAGAAACCUUCCUCCUGGCCCAGGACGGCCACAUCCAGUUCGCCCAGUUCAUAGACAACCUCAAGCAGAUCUACAAGGGUAAGAAGAAACUAAUGAUGUUGGUGCGGGAACGUUUCGGUUGACCACGCCCUUGCACAGAACUCUUUUUGGAUCUGCUUGUUCCGGUUUUAUUUAAAUUCAAGGCAUUAUUUCUUCUCAUUCUUCUGUUUUGUCAUCCUUUCGUGAAUUUAUACAUUGUUUUGUUUGAUUUGUGUGUUUCUUUUUUAUUUUUUUUUUUUAAUUGUGAACAACCACUGUUCACUGACUUAUUCUACCAGGUAGAAACCUGUGGAGGGGAGAACAAGCUUAAUAAUGCUUUUUAUUUUGGCUUAUGCUUGCUUUAGUUUGUGACGGAUAUCAAAUUGCGAUUAAAAAAAAAAAAUUGUAGAAGUGGCACAUAAAGAGAAACCAAAUGACAGGCAGUGUAUAUUCUGAGCCUGGGAAAGCUUUUCCAUCAUGGUGAUAUUAGUGGGUUUUACUGUUUUGUUUUGUUUGUUUUUUGUUUUGUUUCGUUUUUUUUGAAGGAGCUUGAACACUCAGAAAAAGAAAAAAAACAAAAAAACAAAAAAAGGUCAUUCCUGAAACACUCGCACACAGUGUUACUGUCAUACCUCGAUCGUAUUUAAGGAACAGCUUUAACGGUCUGGAAGUGGCCUCACUUUUUGAGGGUAAAGAACUGUAGGGUGACGCAGCUGAGCAAAGAGGUGUUAAUCAUCUUAUCCUAGGAAUUCUCCAACACGCACCUACCCCAGGACUCGGCCAAACAACAAGCAUCAGGCCCCUCCCUUCUCCCCUCUGUCCGUUCCUCUUGGUUUGUCUUUUCUCUUUUUCAAGACGUAGUGAGGGGGGUCUUUCGAGAAAGAGACGAAAGAGAAUUUUAAGGUGCUGAAUCUAUCAGCCACAAUCCACACCUGAGAAAUGGUGCUGUCACGGCAUCAGAGAGAGAAAAGGUGUUUCCUUCUUCUCCACCUGAAAUCGACCAAAAAAAAAAAAAGCUGUCUUUUUCGAGACGACUGAGCGAAAAAGCUUAAACCUAAUCUCUGUGAGCCGCGUCUGUAUUGUGUGGUGAAGAAGUGCAGCAGAAGCAGCUGCCCAUUGUUUUCUGUUACAAAUGGGCUUCAAGUCAACAGGCUUCCUGUUCUUUUUCGACCAUACAGUACAGAUGCAGCGGAUGGAGAUUAGCUAGAAAAACAUCUUUGCAGCAGCAAGGUGGACAGCAAUUCAGAGACUAGCAUUAGCGUUAGCAUUAUCAGCCACGUUUCUCAGUGAGUAGUUGUUGUAGUAGCAUUAUUAUACAAGCACUUCAUUAAUACUCACCCCCUCACGAUUCGUCUUGUACCUUGUGUAAAAGCUAAAUUUGCCGACAUGCAGGCAUUUAUGUUAAAGGAUUAAAAAAAAGAGCCAUUUGGAAAACGCAAGGGGGGAAAAAAGAGAAAAAAUUGUCAUUUCUUCCACAUUCCAUAACCCGCCGCCCCUUCCCAACACUUAGAAUGCACUCUGCGGCUUUGAACAGAAGGAAACGGGAAAGAAAAGAAAGGAUAAACGAGAAAAGAGACGCUCAACUCAGUUCUCAGGGAAUCACUUAAAGAAACAAAACGGAAAAAAAAAUAGUAGCAUAAGCAUUUAAGAUAUUG